GCAUUUUGUUACAUGGCGCACUGUUCGGGAUAAUGAUGCCCAUUGUACCGGUGCCGGUGCCAGGUCUUGCCAUGUGCAGACCGGGCUCGCGUGUGAUAACUUCGAUGGCAGUCUACCCUGUGGACCAGAUAGAGUCGGAGGGAGAGCCUGCAGGUUCACACUGCAUCGCACGAACUGUGGUGGUAAGUAAAAAAUGACAAGUACUCUCGGUUGCACAGCGUCUUGCGGCUCCUCCGGUAUAUCAGGAUCUCGAAGAGAGACUCGUCUAGACUGGACGCGACAGAAGACUUGGCAGAUAGCAGGCACCCCACCCAGGAUCUACAGUGUUUAUUCCGACUUGGUUGGGUUCAAGGUUAUUCUGGUGUUUUUCAUUCAGGUUCCGAUCGUAUCCGAAAUACACCUAUAUCAUCCGAGGACAAAAGAAGUGCGCCUGGUACCUGUCCCGUCUAUUCGGCCUCCAUAUGGCUGUAGAGGCAUUCGGGGGGACAAAUUCACCCUUAAAUUUGUUCGUUUUCUGGACGAGAGACAGGAGAAAAUUGUGCCAACUUAUUUCGCUAUCAAAUAAUAUUUUGUAUCGUUGUUUUAUAUGUAUGUACGCUCUAGAGGCUCGAUAUACACAGCUUUGACUAUGUUUGUAAUGAAAAUAAUGGAGGCUGCAUAAAUUCUUUAGUUAAUCAGUUUCCU